AUGCCGCACUACACCUACAACAUCGUCCCCCAAUCUGGUCGCAACUCGCCUCGACCCGCGAUAACGAACAUUCACUCCGUCAGCGAGCCACCCUACUCCGGCCAACUACCCACCGACAGCGCCACUUACCGCUCCUCUCCCAACAAUGCGAUCGUCAUCGACAAUGGCUCCUCCUAUGUCCGCGCGGGAUGGUCUACAGACCGGAAUCCCCAGCUACAGUUCCCUCCGCUCAUGGCACGCUAUACCGACCGCAAGCUGAAUCGCAAGCUGACCUUCAUCGGGUCGGAAAUCUACUUUGACGGUACGGCGCGAGGUCAGGCGAAGAACAUCUAUGAACCAGGGAGUAAUGUAGUCAACAACUGGGAUGUGCAGGAAGGCCUGCUGGACUACAUCUUCGUGAAGUUAGGCAUAGAUGGGCGAAAUGGGGAAGUGGAUCGGCCGGUGGUGAUGACAGAGCCUUUGGCGAACCUAGGAUACACAAGGCGAACGAUGAGCGAGCUACUGUUCGAGCUGUACAAUGUGCCUAGCGUGGCGUACGGCGUGGACAGCUUGUUCAGCUACGACUACAAUGGUGGAUCCACUGGCUUGGUAGUCAGUUCGGCAAAUACAAGCACGCAUCUCAUACCAGUGGUAGAUCGGCAGCCGCUGAUCAGUCAUGCGACGAGGCUAGACUGGGGACGGUCACAGUGCGCGGAGUACUUGCAGCGACUGUUGAGAGCGAAGUACCCGGGUCUGCUUACUAGUGACUAUGACAACGAGGCCGCCAAGAUGCUGGAUUGGACAGGCUUGGAGGACCGGGAUUGCGUGGUGCAGUUGCCGUAUCAAGAAAAAGAGGUUGUGCAGAAGACGGAGGAGGAGAUACGGCGGGCUGAGGAGAAGAGGAAAGAGGGAGGGAGGCGAUUACAGGAGCAGGCGGCGAAGAUGAGGUUGGAGAAGCUGGUCCGAAAAGAGCAAGAGUUGGAGUACUUCAAGCAACUGCAAGAGCAGAUUCAAGAGGCGACAACGAAGAAGGAAGUGCGGGCUAUGCUAGACGAGGAGGAGUUCAAAGACGAAGAUCAACUGGACAGGCGGAUCAGGGAGAUGGAGAAGAGCAUUCGCAAGCAGCGCAACAAGGAUGUCGGUGACCUCGAAGAAGAGCCCGAAGAGCCGCCCUCGUACCCAUUGCUCGACAUCCCGGACGACGAGCUGGACGAAGCUGGGAUACGACAGAAGAAAGCACAACGUUUACUCAAGAGCAACCAUGAUGCACGUGCUCGCGCGAAAGCAGAGAAAGAGGCAGAGAAAGCGCGCCAAGCCGAGAUCAAGCGACUUGAUGAUGCCCGCCGAGAAGCCGACAUCGACUCCUGGCUCGAUGAGCGACGGCAGGCCCGUCAGGAGAUUCUACAGCGCAUCAAGGACCGCGACCGGCUGAAGCAGGAACUUGGCAAUCGCAAAUCGCAGGCUUCACAGAUGCGCAUGAAGCACAUCGCCAAUCUAGCCUCGGACAAUCCCAUGGGACGCAAGCGCCGGCGCGGUCAGAACGCCGAUGAUGAUGGUUUCGGCGCUGACGACGCAGACUGGAUGAUCUACCGUGACAUCCAGGCUGGCAAACAAGAUGACGAGGAAGACGAGGAAGAGGACUUUGGUGCGCAGCUGAAGGCUGUGGAGGCGCAGUUACUCGAUUAUGACCCCGACUUCACGGAAGAGAGCACACGUGAGGCGCAGAAAGACUGGACGAAGAGCCUCGUUCAUGCUUUCUUGCGAGGUCCAUGGCCGUUUGACGCUGAAAGUGCGAGGGAGAGUAAUCAGUUCCACCUCAACGUCGAGCGGAUCCGGGUGCCGGAGGUGGUGUUCCAGCCAUCUAUCGCUGGUGUUGACCAAGCUGGCAUCGUGGAGAUCGCAGAAGACAUCCUGAUGCAACGACUUGCUGGCAUGCCAGAAGCGCGAGAUGCAAUGCUUAAGGACGUUUUCUUGACUGGCGGUUACGCUCUAUUCAAGGGCUUCGAGGAGAGGUUACAAGAGGAGUUGCGGGCGGUGUUGCCUGUCGAUGUCUCGUUAAGCGUGAGGAAGGCGAAGGAUCCAGUGCUGGAUGCUUGGAAGGGAGCCGCAAGGUGGGCAGGUAGUGAUGAGGGGAGAAGAGGGGGCGUGACGAGGGAGGAGUGGAGGGAGAUGGGCGGGGAGUAUAUGCGGGAACAUCGGUUGGGGAAUGUGUUCAACUAG